CAUUGUGAACAGUAUUUCUCAUCUGUCCUCGAGUUAGCCGAUCACAUUCAGGAGCAUACAUUUGAUUGCCCAAUAUGCUCGAUGAGCUUUAAAAAACAUGGCACUUUCAGGGCACAUGUAAAACGAAUACACAAUCAUUCUAUAAGUAGCUUAAGAGCUUUAAUUUCUGAGGAGAAGGAAGAAAAUAAGCCCUUUCAAUGUUCCUUGUGUUCAAGACAGUUCAAUAAGAAAAGAUCUUUUCAAGAUCAUAUGAAACGUAAACAUAAUCAAAGUAUGAAAAGGCUUCCCGAAGAUGACGAAGAGGAUAAACUGUAUAACUGUCCAAUCUGUAGUAUGUGCUUCAAAAGCCAUAGUGCCGUCUAUUAUCACAAGAGGCGGAAGCACCCCGACAGCGCAACAACAACUGAAGGCGAUAUAAAUGCAAGCAGUAAUAUCGAUACUGAAAAAGUGGAAAACGAGAAUACCGAAAGCAGUGAAUUAAUUAGAUGUAAAUUUUGCAAUAAGGAAAUACCUGGUAAUCGAAUAAAAUAUCACGAAAAACGACAUAUUUAUGCUCUGAACAGGAAAAGAAAAUACCUGUGUUCAUUUUGCCCGCGAGAAUAUAAUUCUGAAACUUCGGUUAAGUUACAUGAAAAGAAGAUUCAUCUGCGCGAAAAGCCCGAACCGAAGGAGUGUCCAAUAUGUCAGAAAAAAGUCGAUCCACAUUAUCUUAAACAUCAUAUUGACAAUGUUCACACUUCAGAACGUAAGUUUGUCUGUGAUGUUUGCGGCGAUUCGUUCAAAAGUUACGUUCUGCUUCACAGUCAUAAGCGAUUGCAUUUAGAGCGAAACUUUCCGUGUACGGUAUGUACUAAAAAAUUCAUACGCUCCUUUGAUCUCAAGGUACAUAUGCGUAUUCACACUGGGGAAGAACCGUACUCAUGUCAUAUAUGUGAUCGACGUUUUAAAAUCAAAGUACGACUCAACUAUCACUUGCAGCGACACGCUGGCAUCAAACGAAAAUGCAAAGAGUGCGGAAAAGAGUUUAAUCACGUUAAACAAUUGAAAAUACAUUCUUAUAAACACACCGGCAUGCCCUAUAGGUGCUCAGUGUGUGAUUAUGCUUGCGCACAACGUGAUGUAUUUAGGAAGCAUUUAUUGCGAAUGCACGAUAUGACAAUGACCCCGGAUGAAUAUUGUGCGAUGUUUAAGGCAAAUACUGGUCGGAAUCCCCACGUUAAAACUCUGGAGGAAUUGCAGUCGGAGGCGCAGAAUAUGGAGCAAGAGGAAUUAUCAAAAUUCAAAAAACGUUUCCGACUGUCAAAACCUGCGUUCGAGUACGUGCUUUCGGAGCUUGAGUUUGAGGGGCAUAUGUCCACAUCAGUACCCUCCGUCUUGCAAUUAGCUGCUACGUUAUCGCUUUUGCAGCAGCAGCUCCUCGGACGCCGUCAAAAGCUUUUCUUGUGUAUUGAAGUGGAAAUAAGUUGUUCAAAUAUGCAGUGUCGUGCCUGUAUGCAAAUGGACUGCGUCGGGGCUGUGGAAAUGUGUUGUGCCAUAUCGGCAGAUGGGAAAACAUUGUGCGAUUACUUUAACGAUUGCACACAGCUCCAUGCAACAUCCACUGACAAUCUUCCACAACUAUUAUGCUUAAAUUGCACACAAAUUGUGCGUUCAGCCUAUAAUUUCAAGGAAAUCGCUCGUCGCUCUGAUGAAGAACUGAGGAACAUUUUAGUUUUUCCAAAAACUGAGCCUGAAAUGAUUUAUGCCAACACUGAGCAACCGCAAGAUGCUGUGGAAUGGACAAAUGAUCCCUUAGCUACGGUACAACCAAGCCCUGUUGCUAUUGAAUCGUCAAUGAGCAUACCUGAACUAGAUAUACCUACGAUAGACAUUAAAUUUGAGAAUCCUGAGGAAUUAUGUCAAGAAUCACAAGGUGACGAAAGGGGUGAUAGUGAAGUAUUGAGAGACAAAGUGACGCAUCCUUGUAAAUUAUGUGAUUGCAUAUACACUACAAAAAAGGAGCUAAAAAAUCACAUUUUUGACAUACAUAAGCCGCAUAUUAUCUGCAUUAAAUGUCCAAAGUUCUUUGACUUUCCCAAAGAGCUACAACUGCACGAAUCUCUUGUUCAUGCAACUGAAUCACCAAUGCAAUGCCCCUGGUGCAAAGAGUAUCACCCAAGAGAGGUCUUUAAUAAACAUUUGCGAUCUAAGCAUAGCAAGGCCUAUUCCAAAUAUUUUCCGGGAAAUGAAAUAUGUGAUCGUGGUUCUGGUGAGAAUACCUCGUUUCGUUGUGAGCAUUGCGAGCGAUACUUCUCAUCUGUUCUGGAGUUAGCCGAUCACAUUCAAGAGCACGCAUUUGAUUGCCCAAUAUGCUCGAUGAGAUUUAAAAAACAUAGCACUUUCAGGGCACAUGUAAAACGAAUACACAAUCAUUCUAUAAGUAGCUUAAGAGCUUUAAUUUCUGAGGAGAAGGAAGAAAAUAAGCCAUUUCAAUGUUCCAUAUGUUCUAAACAGUUCAAGCAGAAAAGAUCUUUUCGAGAUCAUAUGAAACGUAAACAUAAUGAGAUCAUUAAAAAGCCUGAGGAGGACGAAAAUAAACUCUUUCAAUGUUCCCCGUGUUCAAGACAGUUCAAUAAAAAAAGAUCUUUUCAAGAUCAUAUGAAACGCAAACAUAAUCAAAGUAUUAAAAAGCGCCCCAAAGGCGAUGAAAAAGAUAAACUGUAUAACUGCCCAAUCUGUAAUAUGUGCUUCAAAAGCCAUAGUGCCGUGUUUUAUCACAAAAGGCGGAGGCACCCCUACAUAGCAACAACAGUCGAAGACGAUAUAAAUGCAAGCAGUAAUACCGAUACAGAAAAGGAGGAUACCGAAAACAGUGAAUUAAUUAGAUGUAAAUUUUGCAAUAAGGAAAUACCUGGCAACAGAAUAAAAUAUCAUGAAAAACGACAUAUUUAUGCGCUGAACAGGAAAAAGAAAUACCUUUGUUCAUUUUGCCCCCGUGAAUUUUAUUGUGAAACUUCGGUUAAGUUACAUGAAAAGAAGAUCCAUCUGUGCGCAAACCCCGAACGGAAAGAAUGUCCAAUAUGUCAGAAAGAAGUCGAUCCAGAUUAUCUUAAAUAUCAUAUUGACAAUGUUCACGCUUCAGAGCGUAAGUUUGCCUGCGAUGUAUGCGGCGAUUCGUUCAAGAGUUAUGUGCGGCUUCAGCACCAUAAGCGAUUGCAUUUAGAGCGCAAAUUUCCGUGCACUAUAUGUACAAAAAAGUUCAUACGCUCAAGUGAACUUAAAGUACACAUGCGUAGUCACACUGGUGAAGAACCAUACUCGUGUCAUAUAUGUGAUCGACGUUUUAAAAUCAAAGUUCGGCUCAGCUAUCACUUGCAGCAACACGCUGGCAUCAAACGAAAAUGCAAAGAGUGUGGAAAAGAGUUUAAUGACGUUAAACAAUUGAAAAUGCAUUCUUUCAAACACACCGGCAUGCCAUAUAGGUGUUCUGUGUGUGGUUAUGCUUGCGCACAACGUAAUGUAUUUAGGAAUCAUUUAUUGCGAAUGCACGAUAUGACAAUGACUCCGGAUGAAUAUUGUGCGAUGUUCAAGGCAAAUACUGGUCGGAAUCCUCACGUUAAAACAUUGGAGGAAUUAAAAUCGGGCGCAAAGUAAGGAUCAAGAAAAAUUACCAAACUAAAUGACUUAAAUGGACAAAUUAGCUAAAAGAUAAAUUAUUUCAACAAAUUUAUUAGACUUUCAGCGCUCUAUUCAGCUAUCAUUUUAUAUGGGCAAUUCUCAAUUAGCUCGAAUAGUCGCAUGACUCUGACAGGUUUUAUGCGGACACAUAAUUUCUGCUCCUUUAUUAACAAAAAUCAGGUUAACCGUCCUGUUCAUAGAUGGGUACCCGGGUACCUUUUGCAUAUUCCACUGCAAUUUUUUCAUAAACCACUGAUACUAAGUUAAAAUUUGGUGACAUCCUAAAACUUUUAAAUUUCCACAAAAUGGAGAAAAACUAAAUUUAAAUAUAAUUUCAUAAUUAUGGUUUUUUGAGUAAAUUAAGUUUUUAUUAUUAGUUCUAAUGGAUAGGGUACCUGGGUACCAUUAGUAGUUCUCAUGUAAAUAAUAAUUCGAUACAUAACAUGUAAAAGAAUAUAAGUUUUCAUACCCGAGCGCACUUGUGCAUGAGGAUAUUUUAACGUUGUUCACAUAACGGUUGUUUGUAUCAGCCAGAACGAUGCGAGGUAGAUAUACUUAGACAAAUCGUCGCCUGGGUAAAAGAUUGUCGUAUGUUAAUUUCGGUAGGUUGUGGGAAAUCGCGAUUGAAGUUUG